GAUGUCCCUCCCAUAAUAGCGGGAUCGGAUUGGCCAGCGGGUCCCAGCUCCCUUUCCUGCGCGGUUGCUGGGCUGCCGGAGCCGGACACGCUGUGCUGGGACUGUCCUGGGAGCUGACAGCCAGAGCAGCCGGUGACGUAGCUUGGUCCUACGGACUUUUAGGGUAUGCUGGCAUUAUAAACAAAGGACAAUACAGGAUGGAAGGAUCUGAAGACGUUUGUAUGGAUGCAGGGGAAAUGAAGGAUAUGGAAAGGGUAGACGAUGAUCUGAUGGAGCAGAGCAGAUCUAAUGAAUCCGAUGACAGAUGCAGUGGUCACAUUGAGGAUUUGAAUGUAGUCGGGAAUACAGGAAACCAAAAUACGGCUCCUGGGGAUGUACAUGUUGAUAUGGGAGCAGAGGUCCACGAUCCCAUGAAAGACCGUGACAAAGAACUGUUGGAAGCGGAACAUUUAAUCUCAUCUGCUAAUGAAGUUGAGAGUUGUGUGCAGGGGAUGGAAAGCAGUGUUUAUAGAACAGAGGAUGAAAUAGUGUUUCAUGAAGGACAAUCAGUUAAUGUGGAUGCGGACAGUAAUGGAAUGGAAACCGUAGCUGGACAGGAGAGUAAAGUCUGCACAACUAGUAAUGAAGUCUUGAAUGAUGAUUUGUUGUCCUUGAAGGAACAGGUUCAAGAAGUGAGGGAAGAGGAAGGUGAAGAGAAAGAACUCAGUCUUCAGGACCCAUCAAUAAAUAUAUUGUCUCCUGACAAGCAGGUCCCUGUGUGUGAUAUCUGUACAGAAGAGACCACUGGAAACGCCACCAGUGCUGCGGAUGAGGACGUGGAGGUGACACCUUUGGAAUCUGUAGAUUCACAGAUGGCAGAGGAACAAUAUGUUUCGGCUUCCUAUGACUUCUCUCACCAGCCAUGGCAACUAACUGGCGCCUGGAAGGAAUAUUCGGCUCUGCCUGAGAAUUUUCUUAAAGGGUGUAAAUGGGCUCCCGAUGGUUCCUGUCUAAUGACCAACAGCGAAGAUAACAUCCUGAGGGUAUAUAACCUUCCUCCGGAGUUGUAUAUGGGCAACUGGGAUAUACUCGAGGAAAUGAGCGCAGUCCUACGAAUGGCUGAGGGGGACACGAUUUAUGACUACUGCUGGUACCCGUGCAUGAACUCCACUGACCCCGAAACCUGCUUUGUUGCCAGCAGCAGCCGUGACAAUCCGAUUCACGUGUGGGACGCGUUCCACGGGAACCUAAAGGCAUCUUACAGACCCUACAAUCAUCUGGACGAGCUCACAGCAGCACAUUCUCUCUGUUACACCCCUGAUGGCGCUCAGCUGUUUUCUGGGUUUGAUAAGAUGGUCAGAGUAUUUGAAACGUCUCGGCCAGGAAGAGACUGUCAAUGUCGGCCCACCUUCCAGAAGAAACAAGGACAGUCUGGAAUUAUUUCUUGCAUUGCAUUCAGCCCGUGUCAAGAUAUUUAUGCCUGUGGAUCCUACUCUAAAUCCCUGGGGUUAUACUCUCGCCAUGAGGGGGUCACUCUUGCUGUUCUGCAGGGGCAUCAUGGAGGUGUCACCCACCUGGUUUUCUCUUCUGAUGGCCACUGCGUUUACUCCGGUGGGAGAAAAGACCCUGAGAUCUUGUGUUGGGAUAUCCGCUACCCUGGGAAGGUCUUAUCCUCGUUGAGACGAAACGUCUCCACCAAUCAAAGGAUGUACUUUGACAUGGAGAUAUCUGGACGGUACCUCCUGAGUGGUGAUACACAGGGCCUGGUGUCAGUCUGGGACACGAUAUCACCAUCUGAAGACUCCUCCAUCCUUCCUCUGUUACAGUUCCAGGCCCAGAAUGACUGUGUCAAUGGAAUCAGCUUGCACCCAUCUUACCCACUUUUGGCGACCGCGUCGGGCCAAAGAAAGUUUCCGGAAUUAAAUGACAGCGGCGACGAAUCCCGGGAGGAAGAGAGGUCUCCACAAGGCAUCUCGGGAGAAAAUUCUCUGCAGCUGUGGUGGUGUGGGAGUGAAGCACAAUAAAACUGAGCUAAAAAUUGGGGACAUUUAAAACGCCCUCACAAUUUCACAAAGUGCCUCCCUCUUGUACAUGUGUAUAUAUUCUGCCUAAAAUAUUGCUUUUGUUUUUUGACUUAUAAUUUUGAACAUGUUCAUAACGUGUAGAUAUUUUGUACAUUUUUGCUGAAUUUGAUAUUUGAGUACAUUCAGGUCUAUGAAUAUUGUAUAGAAUAAUAAAAGAUCGAGAGAGGUGUGUUUGAUAUCC